GUAAUAUACUGAGACGAAGAAGACUUAAACCGGAAGCAGGACACAAAGUCACUAAGCCAUAUUAUAUUGAAGACGAAGAAGACAAACCGGAAGCAGGACAAAAACACGCGCCAUAUAUUCAAGACUAAGACUUAAACCGGAAGUAGGACAAAAACACGCGCCAUAUUAUAUUGAAGACGAAGAAGACGUAAACCGGAAGCGGGACCAGGCUUCAUAAGAAGGUUAGCCAGGUGUGAAAAUGGCGAGCAGACGUGCGCUGAAGGCCGUCCUGGUGGACCUGAGUGGAACUCUGCACGUGGACGACACGGCGGUCCCCGGGGCGCAGGACGCCCUCCACAGGUUACGGCGGGCGUCGCUCGCCGUGAAGUUUGUGACCAACACCACGAAAGAGAGCAAGAGGAACCUGCUGGGAAGACUGCGAGGACUCAACUUUGACCUCCAGGAAAAUGAGAUCUUCACGUCUCUGAGUGCUGCCAGGAGUCUCCUGGAGAAGACCAGGCUCAGACCCUUGCUGCUGGUGGAGGACGGCGCCCUGGAGGACUUUGCAGGUAUCGACACCUCGGAACCAAACGCUGUUGUGGUCGGACUGGCUCCUGAGCACUUCAACUACCAGACUAUGAACACGGCCUUCAGACUAGUUCUGGGUGGCGCUCCUCUCAUCGCCAUCCAUAAGGCUCGUUACUACAAAAGGAAAGAUGGUUUGGCCCUGGGCCCCGGACCCUUCGUCACCGGACUGGAGUACGCCACGGACUGUCAGGCCACCGUAGUGGGCAAGCCUGAGAAGACUUUCUUCACACAGGCUCUUGCUGAUUUGGGAUGUAGCCCCGAUGAAGCCGUCAUGAUAGGAGAUGACGCCAGGGAUGAUGUGGGAGGAGCUCAGAGCACAGGAAUGUUGGGGAUUUUGGUCCGAACUGGUAAAUACCGACCAGGAGACGAGAAUAAAGUCAACCCUGCACCUCACCUCACGUGUGACACGUUCCCAGACGCUGUUGAUCAUAUCCUUCACAACUUACUCUAAUAGUGUUUUUCAACCUUUUUUGAGCCAAGGCACAUUUUUUGCCUUGAAAAAAUGCGGAAGCACACCACCGGCAGAAAACAUUCAAAUACCAAACUCAGUUGACAGUAAAAAGUCGUUGUUGGGUAUGACUUUAAAGCAUGCAUCACUAUAGCUCUUGUCUCAAAGUAGGUGUACUGUCACCACCUGUCACAUCACACCCUGACUUAUUUGGACUUUUUUGCUGUUUUCCUGUGUGUAGUGUUUUAGUUCUUGUCUUGCGCUCCUAUUUUGGUGGCUUUUUCUCUUAUUUUGGUAUUUUCCUGUUGCAGUUUCAUGUCUUCCUUUGAGCGAUAUUUCCCACAUCUACUUUGUUUUAGCAAUCAAGAAUAUUUCACUUGUUUUUAUUAGGGAUGGCCGAUAAAUGCUUUAAAAUGUAAUAUCGGAAAUUAUUGGUAUCGGUUUCAAAAUUAUCAGUAUCUGUUUCAAAAAGUAAAAUGUAUGUUUUUUGAAAAGGCCGCGGUGUACACGGCCGUAGGGAGAAGUACGGAGCGCCAAUAAACCUUAAAGGCACUGCCUUUGCGUGCCGGCCCAGUCACAUAAUAUCUACGGCUUUUCACACACACAAGUGAAUGUAAGGCAUACUUGGUCAACAGCCAUACAGGUCACACUGAGGGUUGCCGUAUAAACAAGUUUAACACUGUUACAAAUAUGCGCCACACUGUGAACCCACACCAAACAAGAAUGACAAACACAUCUCGGGAGAACACCCGCACCGUAACACAACAUAAACACAACACAACAAAUACCCAGAACCCCUUGCAGCACUAACUCUUCCGGGACGCUACAAUAUACACCCACCGCUACCCCCUCCCCACCUCAACCUCCUCAUGCAUCUCUCAGAGAGAGCGUGUCCCAAAUUCCAAGCUGCUGUUUUGAGGCAUGUUAAAAAAAAUAAUGCACUUUGUGACUUCAAUAAUAAA